GUCCAGUCCCUCCCCGGCGUUCUAGGAGCACAGUCUGAGCACGCAGGGGCCGCUCCGCGGGCCGCACGGGCAGAAUGGUGUGUGCUCGGGCGGCCCUGGGUCCCCGCGCGCUUUGGGCUGCCGCCUGGGGAGUCCUGCUGCUCACAGCCCCCGCAGAGGCACAGCGUGGCCGGAAGAAAGUCGUGCACGUGCUGGAGGGCGAUUCUGGCUCCGUGGUGGUGCAGACAGCUCCCGGGCAGGUGGUCAGCCACAGGGGUGGCACCAUCGUUUUGCCCUGCCGCUACCAUUAUGAGGCAGCUGCCCAUGGCCAUGAUGGUGUCCGCCUCAAGUGGACCAAGGUAGUGGAUCCGCUGGCCUUUGUCGACGUCUUUGUGGCUCUGGGACCCCAACACCGGGCAUUUGGCAGCUAUCGCGGACGAGCAGAACUGCAGGGUGAUGGGCCUGGGGAUGCCUCCUUGGUUCUCCGAAAUGUCACACUGCAGGACUAUGGGCGCUAUGAAUGUGAGGUCACCAACGAACUGGAAGAUGACACAGGCAUGGUCAAGCUGGACCUGGAAGGUGUGGUCUUCCCUUACCACCCCCGUGGAGGUCGCUACAAGCUGACCUUCACAGAGGCGCAGCGUGCAUGUGCUGAACAGGAUGGCAUUCUAGCAUCAGCUGAACAGCUACACGCGGCCUGGCGAGAUGGCCUGGAUUGGUGCAACGCGGGCUGGCUGCGAGACGGGUCCGUGCAGUACCCAGUGAGCCAGCCCCGUGAGCCCUGCGGCGGCUUGGGAUUGACAGGGAACACGGGGGUCAACGGCGGUGCCUCUGGGGGCGUGCGCAAUUAUGGCUACCGUCACAACGCAGAGGAGCGCUAUGAUGCCUUUUGCUUCACUUCCAAUCUCGCAGGACGCGUGUUCUUCCUGAAGCCACUUCGGCCGGUGCCCUUCGCGGGAGCCGCGCGCGCAUGCGCUGCGCGCGGUGCAGCCGUGGCCAAGGUGGGACAGCUGUUCGCCGCAUGGAAGCUGCAGCUGCUGGACCGCUGCACUGCCGGCUGGCUCGCAGACGGGAGCGCGCGCUACCCCAUCGUGAAUCCGCGCGCGCGUUGUGGUGGCCGCCGGCCAGGUGUACGCAGCCUCGGCUUUCCAGAUGCCACACGCCGCCUCUUUGGCGUGUACUGCUACCGCGCACCUGGCGCGCCGGACCCCGCACCUGGAGGCUGGGGCUGGGGCUGGGCCGGAGGCGGCGGCUGGGCCGGAGGCGCGCGCGACCCUGCUGCCUGGACUCCUUUGCGAGUCUAAGCCUGUCGUGUGGACAGCUGGGGCGCUUGGCGGCUGGCCUAGUACCCUAUGGUCCCCAGAAACAGGCCAUGCCCCUGCAGGUUGACCAUGCCCCCUGCCGGCUGACCUGGCCACCUGCGGUUCUAGAACACAGACCAUGCCCCAGAGGAUCCUUAAAACUGGCGGGUCCUGGGAGACAAGAAACUGAAGUCACCUGGAAACGGACUAAGCCCCAUCUUUCCUGGACAAUGGAUAUUCCCUCUUCCCACAACUUCUUUCUGGAGGCCGGCCAGGCCCUUGAAGAUCCCUGGAGGCCAACUACCGAGGUCACCUGGAAACAGUGGAAACCAACCACACAUAACCCUCUACCCCAGUCACCUGGAGGCUGGACCCCCGGGAUUUCCUGGAGACUGGGCACACACCUUCUGCAUUUUUCUGGAAACUGGUUUACAGUCACUUUGACACUGAAACCACCUCUCCGUCACCUGUAGAGAAACCAGAAACUAUGGAGUUUGUCAGGCAGCCCUUGUGGUUACAGGGAGACUGUGGGCUCCUGACCUCUCCCCUGCAGUGACCUGGAGAUUGGUACUCUCAUUCUUUCCCCCUUCCCCAUGAGGCUCUCUGAAGUUUCCAGAGUAAUAGACCUUGUGUCUGAGUUACCUUUGAGAACAGCACCACCCUUGGAGAAGUGCUUGUCUGGGGAGACCACCCUUGUCUGUUCCUGCUGAGACAGAUUAACAAGCCCUGCUGGCUGGCUGGCUGAGUGGCCAUGCCCCAUCCCUCAGGUAUCUCUCUAGAGGAAGCAAAUCCUCACCUGACAGCCCCUUUUCUGGCUGUCACCAAAGAGACAAUCCCUCUCCCCUCCCCACUCGCCCCAGGACCCAUAGAGCCAUGUCAUUCACUAUGAAGACAAGCCUCUCCACUUCCACAGUCACCAAGAUGGCCAGGCCAGUUUCUACCUGUAACCUAGCAUCACUCAGCCCUUCCCUUAUCAGUGACACCCAUGGAAAUAGUACUCCUUCCUCCAGCUGUAACCAUGGCUACCACAAUUUCCCAAAGACCGGCAACUCUACUCAUUCCCACCCUGACCAACAGCCAUGGAGAACAUCUCAAGGCCCUCAACUAUUUCAGGAGUCACCCAACAUUCAGUUAUCCCCCUCUCACCAUGGAAACAGGCUGCCCCUUUCCUUAGACCCACCCAGCUCCUGCCACCUCCUAAGCUCACUCAGCAGUUUGUACUCCUCAUCCCCAACUCUGCUGCCAGAGUCCAAACUCUGGUGUCAGGUAACAGAAAACCUGUUCCCCUAAGCUUUCCUUUGUGGGCAGGCCCUUUCCCUCCAAGCUGUCUCCAAUAGACUGUCAGUCCCUCCCCUACCCAUAACACUGGACCUCUCAACUCUCAGGAACUUCUCACCUUGGGGCUGAACUGUCCUGUCAGGUAGCCCAGCUACUGGCAGUGUCCCCAGACAAGACUGGACUUGAGCUGCUGCUAACUCCUUCUGCACGCUAACUCAGACAACAGCCGUGCAUGAGCACUAACAACACCAGGUGUUUUCAUUGCAACUCUACAGGUGACCAUCUUAAGUACUGCCCUUUCAGCUCUGCAAGCACUAGCCUCUCUCCUUUUGCCUCUGCGAUCCCAUCCCCAUCAUGCCAAGCUCCUCUUUCCUUCACUGCCUCCUGCCCACAUUUCUCCUUUGAGGUCCAGGAGAGAUGGAAUAUCCUUGAACUUUGAAAUCCACUAUGCGUGCCGGGUCUUAAGAGGUGAUUCCUACUAAGUCAGGACCCAGUCAAACUCCUGUGUGAGAGCCAGCUGGGGGGAAACAGUCCAUGGACAAUGCCACCCUGGGAAAACCCAGUUCCUGUCAUUUGCUUGAAGCUACACUGGGUUCCUUUCUGGGUUCUCCUGUUAUCACAUCCACCUUUGGGAGACCUAGCUCUGAGUUUGGAACUAACUGGGCUGGUGUUCAAAUCUUGGCUCUGGCCAAGUGACAAACCUUCUGAGCCUGUUUCUUUUAUAGCAGGACUGUCCUGAGGUCCCAGUAAUUGCAAAGCCUAUAGCAGGGACUCAGUGAAUCUUUUGACUGGUUAUUUUUUUCUUUUUUAAUGAAUGAGUAAGUGAGGCAAUCAGUGGGUAUAUACUUCUUAAAGCACUUUGGUGGGCAAAAUUUCCAAGCUGGGUAUGUCUAAUGAUUCAGUUGGGAAACUACUCCCCUCAUUUCUCAGCUAUACCAAUCUCUCUUCUCCCUUCACUCAUCCUGUCUUCUUCUCCCUCCCUUGAGCCAUCUUUAUGGACCCAGACUUUCUCAGCUCUGUCUAGGUCUCUGACCAAUCUAGUGGCUGUUGCUCAAUAUCCAGCCUGAAGUAUGUAAAAUUGCAUGGGGAGUUCUGCACCUAAAAGGCAGAGACAUUGUGAGUUUUUCCCAGGAUGGGGGGAGGGUUAGAGAAGUGGGGGUAAGGACCCUUGAACAUAUCUAGAAUAUAAGAAAAGGAGAAGAGAAACAAGUAUAAGAUUUGAUUUGAUAAUAGAAAUAGAACUUAACUGGUUGUCUUCAGUAUUGGAUGUGGUGGGCUCCUGGGGGUGCAACCAUUCAUCUGAGGUUAGUGUCCAGCCCAGUGAUUAGAUUACCCUGGGCUGGGCUGGGCCAUCUUCCUCCAUGGGGGAAUGGAAAUGGGCAUGUUUCCCAAAAGGAGUGCAUGGGUUUUCUUUGCUUGCCACCUUCUUCCCUACUGGCAUCCUUUUUCCCUUCCAUGGAUUGCAGCAUCUUGGUUUCUCAUCAGGUUAGCAACUUUCCCAACUUCACCCACUUCCAGCAUGGCCAGUGAGAGCUGUGGUCCGUCUUCCCAAGCAGCCCUGAUUGGUGCAAGGUGGACAUGGACCUGGACUGACCAGAGUCACUCCCUGGGAUUUCCUGGACCUACUGAACAGGGAAACUUCCUUCUUGGGUCACUGAUGAAAUGGAGGCUUCAGGUGCUGACUGGGGGAGAGCGGAGGGCUGGCAACCUGGAUGGAAUCCUUCCUGAAGCCAGAUAGGAAAAUGUCUCUCCUGUGCCCCACCACCUAGCUCAUUUCCCAGAGACACUGAAAUUUUCUUACAUGUCUCUGGAGAUGUUUUGUGUUAAUAAACAUGCUUAUAUUUUUUUCCCCCAUUUUUACACAAAUGAUGGUGUGUAAUGUAUACUUUUUUAUGAUAAAAUUGACCAUUUUAAUAAUUUUAAAGUGAAAAAUUGAGUGGCGUUUUAUACACUCAGUGUUGUGCAACCACCACUUCUAUCUAGGUUUAAGUCAUUUUCAUGUCCCAAAAGUAAACCCUGUUCCCAUUAGCAGUCACUCUACAUCUGUGUUCCCAACCCCCAGUUCCCUGCAACUGCUAAUCUACUUUCUGCCUCUAUGGAUUUGCUUAUUCUUGGUAUUUUUUUAAAGAUUUAUUUUUUUAUGUAUACAAGAGCUGAGGUGUAGGCCAGAGGUGUGGGG